ACACAAAAAACAUAACAAAUAGAUACAAAACCCUUCAUUUUAAGUGAAGUUUUGUUAAACGUCUAAAUGGAUUUGUCUAUUUGGCCAUGGUUUUCGUUAAUGUGUUUUUGUGUUUGUAUUUCAUAAUUUAUUAUGAUAUAUAUAAAAUUAAUCGUAUUAUUCGUUUAUGUCCUAUAUAGUUCGUGUUUUAAUAAUUACUGUGAAAUAUGUCGUAACCACACACUUUGUCUCUUCAAUGAGGGUCCGAGCGUCGCUUGUAAAUCGUACAACAAUACAGCAUUGUUAAGACGGGUGGAAAUAAAUGAAAUUGUCAAUAGAAUCAAUGAAAGAAGGAAUUAUAUUGCUUUAGGACUUAACAAAAAUUUACCACAAGCUGCCAACAUGAAGAAAAUUUCUUGGUCUUCUAAAUUAGCUGCUUUUGCCCAGCGAUGGGUCGAUCAAUGUGACCCGUCUCUUCAACUAGACAAAGAAGAUCAAUGCCGUGAUUUGGCUCACAUUAAAGUUGGACAGAAUGUAGCAACAAUAUUAGGACCAACGUCAGGCUUAAACGUGAAAAGUUUCGUGGAAAUGUGGUACAUACAAAUACUGAAGUACAAAGGGGACGUCACUUAUUAUAACCAAUCACGACAUCACAACACAGAUUAUUUCACUCAAUUAAUCUGGGCAGAAACAGAUUCUGUAGGGUGUGGCAAAGCGAGGUUUUAUGUUGAAUUCAAGAAUACAAUAGUGGAAAGGCUUGUAUGUAAUUUUGCACCAAAAGGAAAUAUUCAUGGAAAGCCAGUUUAUACAAUUGGCUAUCCUGGUACUCAAUGUCCGAAUAAUAUGAUACCAGACAGCACAUUUACUGCUCUGUGUGUUAAUCGAGAUAAUAGUACAGCAAGAAGAUUUACAACAAUGCGUUCACACGUAAGCAGUUUGCUUAGGAUCCUCAAUUUGUCGAACAGUUCAAUAAAACAAGAAAUAGACCCUAUCCGAAAUAAUUUAAGACUAAUAAAUAACACCAGCUACAAUAGUAAAGAUCAAAGAAAUCAGAAAAUAAGACAUGUUUAUUUUAAUCAUACCCAUGGCGGAAUGAAACGUGUAGCUCCGUUACGCAAACAGAAUUUCUGGAAUCCGUCUAUGAAUGUAUCUUACAUAAAUCAUAAUCAGCAGGAAAGAGGGCAUUCGCGAGUUUACCAUGGGCACGAAUCUCAUGUCCACAAUCAUGACACACACGGCGAAAAUAACGAUCCUAACUAUAGAAAAUUCGAUUUUUCGACUGAUUCAAUGAAUUUAUAUUCCUAUAGCGAUUCUAGAAAACAUUACAUGGACCACAACUAUAGAUGCACCCGAAAAACAAAGCCUCCUUCAAUUAAUAGCGCCGGAAAUGAAUGUAAUACACCAGGUUGCACAAGAGGGCAAAUUAAUGACAAUUGCCAUCAACUUACCACGAUUUGUCACUCAAGUACUUUUUACCAAAAUCUGUGUGCCCCUACUAAAUGGAAUUCUUUUAACCAAUUCUGCUCAUGUAACAAAUAUAGUCCUUGUUACACAACACCCACGAGGUGUGCCUGCGGCGUUAAAUGUGGAUGUAUAAAUAUGGGCAUUACAACAUGCUGUCCAAAAAUGCUACGAACGAAUGAUAACAUGAACCCUGAUGAAACAAGAAAAUCUCAAGAAUAUAAACUUUAUGAUGUACCUUCGCCUUUAGUAGUAAGAAGUGGUGAUGAAAAAAUAACUAUAACAAAUUCAUCGCCUAAAGCAGCUCCAAAGUAUAUUAAAUUAAUAGAAAAGAAUCAAAAGUGGGACAGAAUAUAACGACUAUCACGACCAGGUAAAAGAAUCAAAUGUGCACCCCCAAUUAAAUUUGCGAGAUCAAGACUACUUAUACGAAACUUUUGAUUCCAGUGGGAGAAACAGACGUGAUCUAGAUGAACAAGUCACGUUUAAGCCUUUUUGGGAAAUAGAUCAAUAUAAUUACAAACGACGGUCGCAAUUAAAAUCGAUAAGGUACACGACAUUAGGGUUUAAAACACAUAGAAAAUCUAAAAGGACCACUACCUUUUCAAAACCUAUAUUGAUUACGGAAUCUAUAACAAUAACCACAAAGAGCACUCCUAUUAUACGUGGAAUUAAAGAUCGUGUCAGUGAGAAGUACUUAUCAUUUGAUGAAUUAAUGCAUUUAAGAAAAUUUACUCCCGAAGAAUCAUAUCAAUAUGCACGUCGAAAAGCGAGUGAAGAGAAUAUUGCAAGGGAAGGAAAAAAUAUUUCAGCACCCACCUCCGAAAUAACAACUAACACCCCGUUUGUUCGAAAGAAACAUUGUACCCGUAAACUAACCUGUACUUGGACAGCUUUGACCAUGUCUGGCGGUGAUAUGAUAGCAGGGGGAGGAGGGUUUGACCGAGGUUCGAGGACGCCCCCAGGAUAUGUCGAAGGGUGUACUCGUACAUCAACGUGUACGCGAGAGUUUAUGCAUCGCAAUAAAAUGUCAACUAUUCCUGAUCCUAACUUAUCUAGUGAACCAACUCCAGAAGACGAAGACUAUUGUGAACGUAGAGCCUUGAAACGGAAUCUGGAAGGGGAAAUUAUAACUGAAUCAACAGUAAACUAUCAAGAAACGCAUAUAGGACCUACUACAUCGGCAAUUGAAUACAAAUAUACAGAGGUCGGUACACCUGAAAUAAAUACAGGAAUGUUCGUUCCACAAUACGGAUGCAUUUGUGGCCAAGACAAUUUACGAAUAAAAAGGGACAAGCAUAUUUUCACUCAACAAAAAUUUAAUAAUAGAUAUAAGUACAUCAUUAGCAAGAUGAGUUUAAAUAAUGACCUGUCACUUGAAAAUUUACAUCGUAUACAAAGAAAAAACACUCUUAACUACUUUCCAAAUAUCUUUAAAUCUAUGAAAUGUCCAUGUAGUGGUGAAGUAAAUGUAGUACAGGCACAUUGUGUUGUUUUAUAUAUUAUAAUUUCAUGGAUUUAAUAAAGAAAAACGCAGAAUAUU